CUCAGCCGCGAUCUCACGCGCGCGGAGUCUCGGCUCACCGUUUUCAUUUCGCUCGAAAUUCGCAAGUCCCCAUUGCAAUAUUAAACAAUCUAGUCGAAUAGACUUCACGUGUUUAAUAUUUUGCAAUAUCUACGAUUCUGCGCAGAAGGUCGUACCGAAACGUUCAUAUUUUAAAGUAAAUUCGUGUAAAAUUAUACUUAAUAAGUUGCUUGAUUUUUUCAUAGAAUAUACAAGUAUUCUAAAGUUAUGUACUUAGUUUGAAGUUGUGAAGAAGUAGUAGAAACAACGCAGUGUAAGACGCCAGUGGAUUAUUGUAAAGGUUUUUUUUGUGAUGUGGUAAAGCUCUCGUUGGCUUUGGAACGAUGCUGUCAAUUGAUUCGUUAUGGUGUGGAUCUGUGGAGGAACUCUCAACGUUAAGAAGCUGUAAACCUGCAGAGAGAUCAGAGUACAGAUUCAGACGCAGAUCAUCGAAGAGUCUUAUACCGCAAGCUUUGCUUCAUGCUCUCCCAGACACACAAGUGCGAUCUCACCGGCAAAGACGCUCUGGCACGUGGCCGAGAACAAGAUCUCUGAACGCUCCGUCUCCAAUACAACAGUUUGGACCAUGCGGCAGAAUAAUGAAGAACUCAGCAAUGGUUAUGCAGAUCCAGGACCCGGCGUCUCAGCGUCUCACGUGGUACAAACCGCCGCUAACAGUCCUCGUCAUAAAGAAGGUCCACGAUGCUACUAUACUAACACCAUUCGUCCAGCUCGUUCAUUGGCUUGUUCAUGACAAGAGCAUGGUUGUGUUCGUCGAAGCGGCCGUGCUUGAUGACACGUUACUUAAAGAAUACGGUGACUUCACGUCAGUCAGAGAGCGGCUGAUGACAUUCCGGGCCGGCACUGAUGACCUCACAGACAAGAUAGACUUCAUAAUAUGUCUCGGUGGCGAUGGAACCUUGUUGCACGCCAGCUCUUUGUUUCAACAAUCUGUUCCUCCAGUGAUGGCAUUCCAUUUGGGUUCCUUGGGUUUCCUAACACCAUUCGAGUUCAAUAAUUUCCAGGAUCAAGUCAUGAAUGUUUUGGAAGGUCACGCAGCAUUGACCUUAAGAUCGCGUCUGCAAUGCGUCGUUCUCCGCAAGACGACUGAAGAUGGAAAGGAAAAGAAAAAACCGACGACGAUACUCGUUCUCAAUGAAGUAGUCGUCGACCGAGGACCUUCGCCGUAUCUCUCGAACAUCGAUCUCUUCUUAGACGGGAAACACAUAACCUCUGUGCAGGGUGACGGGCUGAUAGUGUCGACGCCGACGGGCAGCACGGCGUACGCGGUGGCGGCGGGCGCCAGCAUGAUCCACCCGUCCGUGCCCGCCAUCAUGGUGACGCCCAUCUGCCCGCACUCGCUGUCCUUCCGCCCCAUCGUCGUGCCCGCCGGCGUCGAGCUCAAGAUAAAGCUAAGUCUAGAAGCUCGUAACUUGGCCAGCAUAUCGUUCGACGGACGAUCUCAGUUGAUACUCAGGCCAGGAGAUAGUCUGUAUGUAACGACCUCAGUGUACCCGGUGCCAUCAAUAUGCGCGCAGGAUCAAAUAUCAGACUGGUUCGAUUCGCUCGCCGAGUGCUUGCAUUGGAACGUUCGCAAGAAGCAGAAACAAAUAGACGAACUCAGCGACAUGACGCACUCGUCCAGCGACACCUUGGAGGAGAUAGACGCCAACCACCACGACGACCGGCCGGCUGACACGUGACAGAUUAGAAAUGAAACAGGGACGGGCUAAUUUUUUUAUUCUAUUUUAACAUAAUAUACAAAAUGAAAUUAUGUUUUUCAGACUGUCUUCAUUCUCAAAUUAGUAAAAUUAAAUUAUUUAAUUUUU